AUGGAGCUGAAGGUGUGGGUGGAGGGUGUGGUCAGAGUUGUUAGUGGCCUAUCACUGACCACUUCCUGUCAGGAUGUCGUCAUAGCUCUCGCACAAGCAAUCGGUCAGACAGGUCGUUACAUUCUCAUUUUGAAGUUACGAGGGAAUGAGAGACACUUGGUUGCUGAUGAUUGUCCACUGCAGCACCUGGCUCAACUGGGACAGUUGGCCACAGAGGUCCAGUUCAUUCUGCGGAGGACCGGCCCGAGCCUCAGUGAGGGUCCAGACACCUCCGCCAAUGAGAGACGUCUUCCACUUUCCAGACCCUCAGAACCAGAGCCCCUCAAACGCAGAGAGCCACAAAAGGCUCUGACAUUUAGUCUGGGUCCCUCAACACUUCCCAAAAGGAAUAAACCAAAGAAGGACUGGUCUCGAUCUCCCAGAUCCUCGCCAGAACUGAGGGCCUCACCGGUAUCUUUCCUAGACCCUGUGAACUCCAUGAAGACAAAUCCUUCUUACCCCAAAGACGAGGUGUUUAGGGAUAUUCUGCAGCAACAGAGAAGACUACAGGAUCUGGAGAUUCAGCUUCAAGAUCUGGAAAGAGAGACUGAGUUAUGGGAGCAGAAGCGGUCAUCUCCUGAAGUAACUCUGGCUUUCGCUGAAGAACUGGAGGAACUGGAGUGGAGAGUGAGACAGAAUGAGGUAGAGCUGAUGCAGACAGAAGACUGGGAGAAAGCAUUACAGGCAGAGAUGGAAAGAGAACAAGGUAUGCACAGGCGCCUGGACCAGAUUCAUUCAUCCAUAAACGAUCAAAGUUAUGAAAUCAGGACACUCCAAACCCGUUCUGCACAUCUAGAAGAGGACCUGCAAGUCAGAGUCCAAACGCAAAGUUCUCUGGCAGCACAGCAAGAUGAGUCCCUGAAGUCCCUGAAGCAGGAGCUCCACAACCGCCUGCAGCUAGGAGAAGAAGUUGAUGUAAGACUGGCUGAGUUACAGGGGAAGAUGGAAACGGCUGAGGAAAGGGUAAAGGACAGACUGGAGAUUAUUGAGGAGCUGAACAAAGAGCUGAGGCAAUGUAACUUGCAGCAGUUCAUCCAGCAGACCGGUGUGACCUCACAGACGGAGCAGACAAACCCACCAGUCAACGAUGUUUUUCUUAAUAACGCUGGCAUUAGGGAGUAG